UUUACUAGGAGAAAUAGAAAAAGUCUCUUGGGGACGUUGUCCUUAAGUCUCACAACCACCAGAUAGGUAUUUCAGAAAACAAGAGGUUCAGGACACAUCUCUGAAAGGUUUGAGUUGCCUUAUUCAGGUGUGAUUAUAGUGGGGGAAUAGGGAAAUCUACCAGAGAAGUGGCUAGGGCUCACAGUUAUCCUAGGGGCAGCUGACGACAGGGGCAGAGCCAAGGGAACUGCUGGAUCAGGAGGCCCACGAACAAAUCAGGGGCAUAGCCGCCUGUCACUUCCCUACCAGGAAGGAAGCCAGGUAUAUUACUAUAACCAAGGCACACUGGGGUCUUUACUGUAUGGAGAACUUGGCUCCUGCCCGCAAUCCUAUGGCUCUGCGUCAUACACAGGAAGUAGGGCCUCUGUGUAACCAGAAAUGGGAAUGGGACUGAAGGAGAUUCAGCCCACAAAUAUCCGACCACCAGCUUCCACCUCUGCAAUCGGCCACCCUGUGUCUGCUCAACGCAUCACAGAAACAAGUUUUCAAGUGAUGGAGACUUCCCCGCUGAUGAAAAAUUCCCUGGGAUUGCAACCUCCAAGCCAGACAGCUUUCCUAUGGACUGACAGAGAACUUGUCAAGAUGAAACACCAGUCUGCGGGAGAAAGGGAAGAAGAGAAUGAUGGAAAUCGUUUCUGGGAAACUAUUUUUACAUUAUGUUUUGUUUGUUCCUGCAUGUGGGAUCUUCGCUCCCCAGCCAGGGAUUGAAGCCACGCCUGCUGCAUUGGAAGCGCAGAGUCUUCACCACUGGACCACCAGGGAAGUCCCAGGAAUAUCACUUUUAAAGGAGAAGUUAUAAACCCCUUGGUUACAUGAACUGGAGAUUUUUAGUAAGAAGUCAAUAUAUUUGUUGUUAGGCACAUUUUAUGUUAGGCUGUCUCCCUGCACAGGAUGCAGGCGCCUUGAAAAUGGAAAUCAUAU